AUGAGCCAGCAACAGCUACGACCACUGGCAGCUGGAUCCUCGUUCGAGUCCCCACUGCUGAUAGACUCGGACGAGGACCAGGCCGUUUCCAAGGUAACGCCCAGGAAUAGGCAGAGAACACUGAAGACGAAGGCUGAAAUAAACUCUUCACAAGGGUUAAAGUUCAAUACGUAUGCUCCUGGGACUUUGGUAGGAGAAACUGAUCGCGAGGAUUCCGAUGAAGAUAUCAGGGGUCCAAUCCGCCGGAUGCGGGCACGACCCCUAGACGUCGACUUCUCCCCGAGUACGCUCGCCGCAGAAUCUCCUACCCCGAGAUUAUAUCGCCAGAAGAGCUCCCUGCCAAUAUCUCCUGGCUCGAGGAGCCUUUUAUCACAGACAUCCACGUCACCAACUAAGUCCAAGCGCCAGCCAUCAUCCGAACUUGACGGAUCUCCAUCUAAGAGAUAUCAGCCAUCGGAUCGGCCAGCAACAAUAGUCACGGUAUCUAAUACAAAUGAGCAUACAAAGACCACAACACCAAACAAAGCACUCGCGUAUAUUCCCGCCCACGCCUAUAUCGAGAUAAGUGACGAUGAUAGCAGCGAUGAAAACGACAAGGGUGACUAUGAUGGUGAAGGUUACCGGAGGUCAUCCUUAGAUACUGAAGUCGAAGGUCGAAAUGGGCAGACUCGGAUACAAAAUAGAACACCUGCUCAAGACAAUUACUGGGCAUUAUCUUCAGAUACUGAAGCCGAGGAUCAAGAUGAAAGGCGUCAAACAUCGUCCAUGCCAGUGCUUCAACACAAACGAAGGGCAAUUCAUGAUAAGCAGAGAUCUUCACCAAUAGGAGGGAAUUUAGACGAAGAAGUUUUAAAGCAUAGAAUACAAACAAAAGCAACGCCAUGGAUUCGAAAAUUAGCUGGGGCUAUGUUUAACCGUACACUCGGUGCUGCGGAAGCUGAAGAUCUUGACGACAAUGAUAAGAAGGCGGUGAUCAGCAUUACGAGUGACGUUGCUAUAGUUCGGAAAGCAGCCUGGGAUUCGACAUCUAAGACGAAUGAAGUUUCGUUUGAGGAAGAACAGAUAUGGUAUGAGUCGGCUACAGGCCGUACUGGCUUUCCUUCUGUGGAAAUUGACUAUGUGAGAUAUUGCCCUGGAGACUUUUGCAUCGUACGCCCAUCCGAAAAUACUGAAGCCUCCGAGCAAGGAGAUCCAUGGUUUGCGCGUAUUAUCUCCAUUUUCGAGGAAGAAGAUGGCGAGCCAAGCUGUCACAUGCAGUGGUUGGUGCACGGCUCUAGUACCAUUCUUGGUGAAACUGCCGGACCUCAUGAAUUGUUCCUUCUAUAUCAAUGCGAUAAUAACCCGGCGACUUGCAUUGCAGGAAAGAUUCAAGUCGAUCUUCCAGGAGACGAACGUCAAGAUUUUGUGACCGGGGCUAUCGAGACAAGAUAUAACGCCGGCGAAUACUUUUGUCGCUUCGUCUUUGACGAUAAUAAGGAGACGUUCACGCAUGCCCCUAGUCUACACGACCCAUUGCCAAAGGGUGUUAUUCAAGGCAAAGAUUGCUACUGCUGCUUGAAGAUACAGGAGGUAAAGCAUUUCAAUCGCAGAACUAUAAUUGGGAACAUUUCCAAGCAUGGUUCGAUUACCGGCUAUGAGUAUCUUGGAGUCACUUACCAUGUCCAUGAUUUUGUCUAUAUCGUCUCGAAAGAAGCGGGGCCAUAUGUCAUAGGACAGAUACUGGCAUUUAAGGUCUCGAAUUACCUGGAGUAUUCUGCGUCCCCGAAGCUAUUGCGAGAUAUGGCCGACAUCAGGGUCACUGUGAAGGUGCUUGAACGCUACCAUGACAAGGACAAGAAGUGGUGGAAGGUGGUAACCAAAAAUAUUCCCCGCAAUAUUAGAGACAACCGACGACUCUAUCUCACCAAGAAGGAAAUUCAAGUGUCUGCCGAUCUUAUUGAAGGGCGAUGCCAAGUUCGUCAUCCUAACGACAUUGAUAAUCUAGACACCUACAAGGACCAGAAUGACACUUUCUGGAUCAAGGAUCAGGUAUCCCAGUUUGCAGAAACGAACGAGUUUGACCCGCUACAUGCGAACGAGUUAAUGUAUUGCGAAGAUACCAAAGCAGAAAUUGCAGACCGAGAGAGCAAGCUGAAAGAUUUCCUCGCGUCUACCCAGGCUUUACCAGCAUUAGAGCUAUGUGCUGGGUGUGGUGGGCUAUGCCUAGGGCUCGGCCAGAGCGGAGCUAUCAAGACAAAAUGGGCUGUUGAGUUUGCUCCUGCGGCUGCGCGAACUUUUAAAUCCAACUUUCCUGAUGUUCAGGUAUAUAACGAAGAUGGUAGUAAAUGCCUUGCAAGGGCCAUCAGGGAGAGCCAGGGCAUCGUGAGGCAGGGCGAGAAAGAUAUAGCUGGAAGACCUGUGUCUCCAAUGCCUAAGAGAGGUCAAGUGGGUGUGAUAUGUGGGGGGUUUCCCUGCCCUGGAUACACGGGAGCAAACCAGCGGCCCCUUGCAGAUGACGUGAAGAAUACAUUGAUUACUAUGGUUCUUAGUUAUGUCGACUUCUAUAGACCGAACUAUGUCUUGUUAGAAAAUGUUAGAGGAAUUCUCACUCAUCGACUCGGAGCAAUACAGAAGGGAAAUCAUAAGGUGGAAGGAGGAAUUGAGCGAGGAACACUAAAAUUUAUCCUCCGCGCUCUGACUUCGAUGGGAUACGCAUGCCAGUUUACGGUGCUCCAGACUGGGGAGUUCUCAGUACCCCAGAGCCGCCAAAGAGUCUUCUUCUGGGCAGCCUUCCGUGGAAAUGAUCUACCUAAGUAUCCGCAGGCUACUAGCAUAUGGGCCGGGGCAUGUCCGGUUUCUUGGCACCGCGAUCGCACUACCGGUGUGGCCCCCCAUCGGGAAGUUACGGUUGGAGAUGCCACCACGGAUCUGCCAGCAUUCGAUUGGGAGAAUCCCCAUAAUAUUAGAUCGCAAACAGGAGAGCAGCGUCGGGACCGGGAAGCAAGAUCCAAGACCAUCAUACAGUUACCUAUUGUUCGAGGAAAGGAUUAUGUUGGCGUUGAUAAGCAAGAUUAUGCUUACCCGCCUCUCACUGAGUAUCAGCGGGUAUUGAGAAGAGGGGUGCCUGCGGACCGCCUGAUGAAUCACGUUACUCACAACUUUUUCGAUAACCCACCUGCAACUGGGAGGUUAAGGCAGGCAAUUUCCGAACAGGUCUGUAACAUUGAAAUGAUUCCCGGAGCCGAUCAUCGUGGGCUCCCUCGGAAGUUGAGACAUUGGGGCUUGAGCCAUCGAGAUUCUGCAGCAGAGCGCCACAAUUAUUACCCAGGAAGGUACGGCCGGCUAGACUAUGAAGGGCCUUUCCAGACUUGUAUGACUAAUGUCUUUCCAAAUGGGAAGAAUGGAAAUGUUGUCCAUCCCACCCAACAUCGAAUUCUUAGCAUUCGCGAGCAAGCCCGGGCAAUGGGAUUUCCCGAUUCCUACGUAUGGGACCUUGAAGACGUGCCUGUGAAACUAGCCUUCCGGAUGAUUGGGAAUGCAGUUCCGGUAGUUCUGGCAUCGAAACUUGGCGAGGAAUUACUGGAAGCUCGAUUUCAGGCUUGGGCAAAGGCUAGACUUUAG